UUUACUAAUUUGACAGACGAGAAUUGCUCACGAAAGCACGAUCCUCUCUCGUUCUCUCCUCCCUUCCCCGCGCUCUUUCUCUUGCUCUCCAUCUCUCUCUCUCUCUCUUUCUCUCCUUUCUGGGAAAUUUGUCUCCUUGGCUUCUUCGAUCGCGGAUUGUGAUCAUCUCUACCUUUCGGUUUCCUUCUACGCUUUGAAACAAGUGAAAAUGAAAAACUGCUGAUAGUUUCUUUAUUAGUUGUCCGGAUGGUUCAGUUUUGAUUGAUUCACCUUAUAUGAAAAUUCAGUGUCAGAUGACUGAUUUGGAAAUGGAUCGACAAAGGCAAGAUUAUUAUCAUUCUGAACCCUGUCUCAUUCUAAGGGGCCCCAACAUCUCACAGCCAAAUAUCCACACGGUGGUGGCGGCUUCAGGAAACACAAGUAAUAUUGAUUCCCACUAUUCGCUAGAUGCUCAUGAGAAUGGUUUGAUGUAUGGGAUGACACAGUUUAAUGGGAUUCAUCAUCAACCCAAUUUUGAUGCGCGUGCUGCAGCAUCAUCUGGCUUGUAUUUUUCUGCAACCACUCCUCCCUCUGGUGCUGGUGUAGUACCCCAGCCCUUUAAUUACCGAGCAUCUGAUCAAUUGCCAGCUCCAGGAACAUAUGCUUUCUCUGGUAUUUUCAUGGAUGAUGCCAGAGGUCCAUAUAAACAAAAAAUUACGGAGGGCAUCAGGGGAAAUUACCAACAUUUUAAUGCUGCUGCUAGUUCUUCGGUAGCUCCUCCAAACACAAGGCACUCUGAUGGGGUUACUGCAUCAUUUUCCUUGCCUCAAUUUAGAGGGAAUCACAUUCCAUCACUUGUAGAAAUUGGACCUCAUGGUUGUUUAUGGAGCAGAUCUGGUGACUCAGUUUUGGUGCAUGAACACAACCAUUUGAUUCGAGGAAACUAUUUAGGCCAGCGCUUUCAACCAGCUCCACCUCCCUGGUUGGACCAGCAGUUGAAUGGUACUAACAGUGAAGGACAUAAUAUGGCCUGGAAUCAGUCUCAUUCAAUGCCUUAUUUGCAAGCAACUGUUAAUGGAAGUUCAUUGGAGAAUGCAAAUACAGGUAUGCAGAGAUAUCAUGAUACAGCUAACAACAGAAGCAGCCUCAGGUUCGCUCAUCAACCUCCAGUCAAUCAGCAGCACCAUAAUUAUCACCUUCCAACUCUGCCCAUGCAAGGAGUGAGAGGUCACAAUAUCAACUUUCACCCUCCAGUUACUGCAACUACUUAUAGGGGGGUUCCAUCAAAUUCUCCGCACAGUACUGUCAUCCCAGUGCAGAAUGGUUUUGGGCUGGGUGGUAGGCACGUUGACCUUGUGCCAUCAGCAAGCCAAUGGAUACAUCGUUCUCAUAGAGGAGUCACACCUGAUACAUCUCUUAGACAUCAAAAUUCCCGUCCAAUGAGUUUUCUUCAUGUCGAUGAUGUUGCUUUACUUGAUGAAGUGGAAAAUUUAAUUGAUCAUCAUCAUGGUGAUAUGCGUUUGGACAUAGAGGAUAUGUCUUAUGAGGAGCUUCUUGCUUUGGGUGAGCGGAUUGGCAAUGUAAGCACAGGUUUAUCAGAGGAAACUAUUACAACGCAGUUGAAAACGAAAACUUUCGAUUGCUCCGGCGCGGCUAAUCUGAAGGAAGCAGCUUCUGAGGAUGAGGAAAAUGACUCUUGCAUCAUAUGCCUGGAUGAAUAUAAGAAGCUAGAUACAGUUGGAAUUCUCGAGUGUGGGCAUGAGUAUCAUGCUGAUUGCUUGAAGAAAUGGUUGCUGCUGAAGAACGUUUGCCCCAUAUGCAAGUCAGAGGCAUUGAUCACCCCUAGAACGAAGGGCGCAUAAAAUGAGUGUCGAAAAUUUCUUUCCCCAUCGUCCGUACAAUCCUCUUGGAUGAUAAAUAAUUUUUGAACAAAAAUGCAGAUUUGUAUAUUUACAUGCACAUAUAUACUAUAGACAGUCACACCUCCCAAACUCAUUUAUUUAUUGGCACCAGAACAUUGUAUCUAUCAAGUUGUACAGGCUUUGUUCUGUGUGACGAGUUAACAAUUUGACAUUGAUUAUCGAUAUAUUAUAUAAUUAGCUAUUUUCUCA